GGAUAUUCCCGCAACACCCCCAGCUUGUAUGCGGACCGCUGACAGGCUCUCUUACUCAGAGGUAGUCGGCGCCAUGCUGGGUACUGAAGCCUUACUAUAUACUGAGGAGGGGGACUACGCCACCUACCGUCACAUAUACUUGAUGCCCCCAUUGACGGAAGCUCGUAUCCCGAUGAUGAGGCCUGCCGGUACGUCAUCCUCGGGUCAGGCUCAGGCUCGAGCUACAGACAUCCCUUCUUCUAGCAGGGCUGGCGCAUCUAGAGGUGGGAGUAGACCGUUUCCUCCGACUCCGUCGAUUCAUCCUCAUGUCGGAUGGCCAGAUAUGCCUACUGAGUUGAUGGCGUGGCAGUAUGGGGCUAGCUCUCCGACUCUGAUUCCACUAGAGCCUCCGAUGCCCAGUGAUCGAUACGCCAUUGAUCCGGACUCACCGCCGCCAUCGCGAGGAUACAUGGAGGAGGUGGUUGGACUGGUGGCCACACUCGAGGGCAUGGUCCUGCGUAGGGAAGCACAGUUGUCUGUCGCGGGCAUCCAGGUACCCUUCAGUUUUCUGGCAUUUAUCAUACUUCUGAUGACAUGCUGAUUUCUACUGCAUCGAUAGACUACUUGUGUAGAGCACAUCUGACACACACCCCACUUAUACACUGUACUUACAUGCACUCACUUCAUGUAGCCUCUGCUUGUAUCUGCAUCUGAUGUAUAUAUUUGGACUGAUGUAUUUGAAUUGAACUCUUUGUUUUCAGAUGCCUACAUGGUCCGGUCAGCCGCAGGCCAGGCCACCUGGGCCUCAUUGGGGAGCUGGGCCAUCUGGGCCUUAUCAGGGAGCUGGGCCAUCCGGGGCUUAUCAGGGGGAGGGGUCAUCUCGGCCUUCCCGAGGAGCCGGGCCAUCUAGGCCUUAUCGAGGAGCUCGAGGAGGGCCUGUCCGCAGACGCAGGGCUCAUGUUGUGGAGGUAGAGUCUGAUGAGGAGGAGGAGGAGGCUACCGACCGUCAGUUCGAGACAUCUGUUGAGGAGGGAGGCUCCGGUUUUGGCUCGGGGAACAGAGGCGAGGCUGAGGGGGAUCCUGAGGAU